AUGUGGAGCUGCUGGGAGCGGAGCGGGACUCGGGGCAGAGCAGGACAGGAUGGAACGGCGGAGGAGAAGCAGAUGAUCCGCCGAGAGGUGGAGGACAGAGCUGGACGAGAGUGGAGGCGGAUGAGACUGCACUGGAGGAGAAACUGGCCGAAAUGGAGUCCGUGUCUGGUUCUGAUGGGGUUGGUUCUUCUGGAGGAGUCUCCUCUGCACCCCUCUGUCAGUCUGACUGAAGCCGCGGGUCGACUGCUCCUGGCUGGGCUGCUGUGUGCUGCCAUGGGCCUCUGUGCUUUAGCUUUCCAAUUCCUGCUCCAUUAUGAGCAGAAAGUAAAGCAGCAUCUCCCGUGCAAUGGUGAAGUGAUAGUGAGGCAAACUGCUGAAAACCAGCAGGCCAGUAUAAACCCACAGCAGGAUGCAGGUCAUAUUGAACCCCAGGUCAAUGUUCUAGCGGAUGGUUUAGCGGUGUCCCUCCUCUAUGAGCCCCUGCCGGACCCCAGCGAGCCCCAUAUACGAGGCCUCCUCACCAGACUAGAGGCAGUGUCUCGGACUCUCCAUAGGAAGGGCUAUGAGGAAGAGGAGGAGGAAAAGGAGAAAUGUGCACUUGAAAACAGAGUUAACUAUAUACGCUCUUACUUGCAGGACAGGGUGAGCGGUCUGCGCUCUCUGCUGCAGGUUCAGCGUGAGUGUGACGCGAGUGUGUGUGCGGUUCAGAGCGGGUUACAGAAGCGCUGGGCUCUGCUGGAGGAGUUACACACACGAGUGACUCUGAGGCCUGACAGCACACAGGAAGCACACGACCCUCACGCCGUCCUCACAGACACUGAGAGCCUGUUCAGUGAGCUCAGUCAGUUCAAAAGUAAAGCCCAACAGUGCCGGACACAGCUGGAAACCAGUAUAAACCUUUUACAGGCACUUCGCAGCAGCCAUCAGGGUCUGAACGAGACUUUCGGUGCCACCAUCAACUCUACAUGGACCAAAGAGUUAUUACAGUCUAACACUGAUCUGUUUUCUGAGAUCCAUGAGGAUUUUAUGUCUUUGGAACAGCAGACGUCAAAUUUUGUGAUCCACUUGAGAGGCCUGAAUGCUUCUGAGGAGGGAAAGACAAGAUUAUCUGUGGAUUGGUCGCAAACGUCUCUUCCCACUGUCCCAGUGUACGUUGCUGCUCCGGAAGCAGCACAAUUACAUUCUGAUCCAGAAAGUGAUCCAGAGUCCCUAGGAGCCUCACAGAAAGCCCACUCCAGAGUGUUCCCCUUCCAUAAGCUCUGUGGGAUGAGGAGGAAGAGGUCAUCCCCGUAGUUUUGACAAAAGUUGGAUGUUUUUACAGGACAUUUUUAAUGCCUAGUAUUUAAUGUGACAGCCUGUUGAGCAGGUGUAUCAACAUAGUUUAUGCACA